UGGGGGUGGUGGGGAAGCGUGGCGGGCGGGGGCGCCUGCCCGCGGAACCGCCACCUGCGGGCGGGGGCCGCUGUCUCCGCCCCCGCCGGGGCCGGCUCUAGCGCAGCUGGGGGUGAGGGAGGACACGCCGGGCCCCGGGAGGCCUCUCGGCCCUCCUCAUGGGGCCCCGAGCCACCGGCCGGGGGGCACGUCCACCGUGCGAGCGGCGACCGUGACCAUGUGCUCGCCGCUGGCUGCGGGGACCCGGCUGCCUACCGGAGCCACCCGCCCCGGGCCCGCCGGAGACGGCUCCGGGAUGAGAAGGAGCUACCGCUCUCUGUGGAGCAGCGGGGACGAAUCAUACUCAUCAGAAUUAAAUUACUUGCUGUCCGCAUGCAGUCUAAAAAGGAAAAGCAGAUUGAGUUUACUGCAAUAUAAUGUUACAGAUUCUCAAAGGAACAUAUCUUCAUUUUCAAAAGAAGAAAAUAAAAUGCCAGUACUCACUCCUGAAAACAGAUACUUAACUUCAAGAGUCACCAAAAGUUCACUUGAUGGCUGUUUUCUCUUUGAAAAUAGCUGGAAGAAAGCAGUGCUUGAAACACAAAAGAUGAAAAAAGAAUAUUCCUCAAUAUUUGGUUUGAAAGAUUUCAAAGAAGUAGAUACAAUUCCAUCUCUACCAGAAGUGCAAAGAUACAGAACAAAUACAGAGGCUCCACUAGAUGUGCUUAAAAGACAUCCAUAUACUGCUCUGAAGACACCUAGAAUCAGAUUGCCAACAGAGAAGAACUCUAAGAAUGAAAUUCCAAGUUUGACUGAAGAUAUACCCACUUGCCUGCCAUCAUUUUCUUUACCUCAGAACCCUGGGCAGCAAUCUGUAAAAGAAGAGAAUUUCAAAAACAGGUCAAUGAAGAGUAACCAAACAGGCAGCAUGUUAUCACUUCAGGAGAAAACAAAACGUUUUGGUUUUAGAAGUCCUCUCACUGGAGCACCACCAGAAUAUUUACAGAGACUUUCUGAACUGGCCAUAUUAGAAUAUGAUACUAUUCGUCAGGAAACAAGCAGAAGACUGAAAAAAGUCAAGAAACAAGAGCUGCCAUACUGCUGACAAAUACUGUUUGGAAUGGUAUUGUUUUCUUCACUGGUAUCUGAUGUAUGUGUGUGUUGUUGUUGGGGUUUUUUUUUGCAGUCAUGUGUAAUAUGAUUCACCUCAAAAUGGAAGUGUAAAUAGCCAAUAAAUAUUUUAUAUGUUUAUAUACUGAACAGUAUGUGAAAUAUUUUGUGAACAUUGAAAGGAGACAUUUAAAUUCAUGUCUCAUGGGAAGAUAUACAUAGUAGAAAAUGUGUAUAUCUUAUGACAUAAACAUUCACUAUACUUUGUGUGCUAUUCGUAAUGCCUAUAAAUGAACUAUUAGUAUGGAUGAAUUUGUAAGCAUUGUAUUUAGUACCUGGUUUUGAUAUGGGGCAAAUCAAAGAACCUUCUCCUCGAGAAACUAAACCAAAAGACAGACACACCA